AUGGAGCGUGUCAAAGUGAAUCCGAUUAUCCCCGGCUUUGCCCCGGACCCUUCCGUCAUCUACGUGGAUGGCACAUACUUUCUCGUCAACUCAAGCUUUCACAUGUUCCCUGGUCUACCAGUCUAUGCAUCUAGAGACUUGAAAGAAUGGAACCACAUUGGAAAUGCACUGAGUCGACCGGGCUUGAUGUCCUUUCAGCGCUCGAUGACUAAAUUGGUGGACCCUGAUGAGGAUGGUGUUAACAUCGCUGCGCAGGGAGGACUUAUGGCCCCCUCGAUCAGAUACCACAAGGGCACUUUCUACAUCGUCUGCACCAAUAUUGCUCAUAAGGACCUGCCAGGAGAAACCGGGGUUCAAAACUUCAUUUUAUCAACCACUAAUAUUUGGGUUGACGAAUGGAGCGACCCAGUCUUUUAUGACUUUUAUGGAAUCGACACUAGCUUAUUCUGGGACGACGACGACCGCGCGUAUCUCAUCGGCGCUCGAUCUCCAGCUCCUGCAUCGCAGAUCUGGCAGUUCGAGAUCGAUGUCAAGACGGGAAAGGAUCUCUCCGAAAGGAAGCUGCUCUGGGAAGGUAUCACCAAGGUUUACCCCGAAGGUCCGCACAUGUAUAAGAAGGAUGGAUGGUACUAUCUUCUCAUCGCUGAAGGCGGCUGUUUUGUAGAUCAUCAUGUCGUUAUGGCUCGGUCGCGAGAUAUCUGGGGUCCGUAUGAAGUUAACCCAGCAAACCCGGUGCUACCAAAAGCGGACCCUGAUGGAUACAUCCAGUACACAGGCCACGGAGAUCUCUUCCAGCAUCCUUCGGGACAAUGGUACUUUGCAUGCCUCGGUGUACGCAAGAAUAACGGGCAUUUCGUCAUGGGACGCGAGUCCGUCCUUACUGCGGCCUCGUGGAACCAAGGGGAAUUUCCGGUCAUUGACGCCGUUCAGAUCGACGUGCCCCUUCCAACAAACCAAAGUCUAUGUCCUUCCAAGCUUCCUGUCGCGAGAAAGCUUGGACGUCCAGACGUCGCGUAUCUCCAAAUCCGCGACCCCGUGAUGGAACAUUAUGAACAUGAUGGAAGCAGUGUCACUUUAACAUCCAGCACAGCCGACCUGAACCAGGACAACGAGCCGGUGACGUUCAUUGGAAAGCGUCAAAGGAGUCUUGAUGGCACGUCUUCCGCAACGCUCGAGGCUCUGGAUAGAUCCGACAUAAAAGACUCCCGACUCGAGACAGGUCUAUGCUAUUACAAAGACGAGCACCGGUAUGCUCGUGUCUUUAUUGACGUCAACUCUAAGAACGUUGUCUUUGAAGUUGUCAAUAAGGCUCGUUCCAUCGAACGAACGUUAUCUCAAAGCAUCAGCGCGUCGGUCAACGACAAGAGGAUAGUAUUUGGGAUAGACCACACGGAGCUCGAUCUUGUAUUUUGGUAUUCUCUUGGGGAGGACGGGACGAGGCGAGAGAUCGGCGCAAUUGACUCCCUAGAUAUGACUGGACAUGACUUUGUCGGGCCUGUUAUUGGAGUGUUUGCAAUUAGCAAUGACCAAGUCAAGGCCAGAUAUCUAGACAUUACAGUGGCAUAG